AAAAGAUUAUAUAUACUAUGAAGAACUAAAUGUAAAUAUAAAAACGAUGAUAAAGAUGAUGAGAUUCUGGAACAAUUUCUAUAUUGAUCAUAUAAUAAACAUUAUAGAUGACAUAUUGAUACUUACAAUAAUUAGUUACACUGUGUUAUGUGAUACUUUAAAUAUAAUAUUAAGGCCGAACAAGAUAACUGCAAGCUUUUGCAUCAUAAUUAGAAUCAUUUUAAUCAUAAAGAUGGAACAUUCUCAUCAGAAAAUUCUCCAUCAUUUGAGAAAAAAUAUAAUCGAUGAUCUAAAUAUUGAUAACAAUAUUGUAGAACCUUUAACAUCUCAAGGUAUAUUAAAAACAGAUGAUAUUCAGAUUAUUUAUACUGGAGUUAGUAACGAAGAGAGAGCUGAAAAAUUGUUAGAUAUACUUCCAAGAUGUGGUCCAUAUGCUUUUGGUGUUUUUCAUCAAUCUUUAAAACAUCACUACUUCUGGCUUAGCGACAAAAUAGAUAAUUUGUUACAUAAUGAGAUAGAAAACAAUGAAGAAAUAGAUUAUUACCCUGGAUCUUUUAACAUGCCAGCCCUUUCUCCAUUGACGGUUACUAGAGAAGAAAAGGUUGCACAGUUGAAGACAGCUUUAAAACAAUUAAAACCUUCAGAAUACAUUGUGUUACAUGGCAUGAAGGGAUUUGGAAAAUCAUGUCUAACUGCCAAUACUCUUAAGGAUACAAGAUUGGUGAAAAAUUUUUUUUCUAAUCAAAUAUACUGGAUUAAAUUCACAUGUGAUCGUUCAACUGAUGAAGAAAUAUUAAUUCAGUUGAACACACUUUAUCAUAAUGUGAAGAAUUCUGAAAUUCAAGCAGAUUCGUUCCUUCCAUUGGAGAAAGAUUCUUUGAUCCGAUUUUUUAAAUGUUAUUUUGAAAAACAAGAUAAUCGCAAUGCUUUGCUAAUUUUAGAUGAUGUGUCAAAUAAAAAUAUUAUUAAAGCUUUUGAUUUUGAAUGUAAAACUUUAGUUCUCACUGCCGACAUCAAUAUUCUACAAGGAAAAAGAUUUAAAAAAAUAGAGAUGAGUGAUGGAUUUACUGAAACAGAGACAUUGGGUUUAUUUGCCAAAGUGCUGGAAAUUAAUGUGAAUGAACUGCCUGUGGAAGCGAAAAAAAUUCAUGAAGAAUGUAAGGGUAUGCCAUUACUCAUUGCCAUGUUUGCUGCGCAAUUUGAAGAAUUUAAAUGCGAUAUGAGAUUACAACCUAAUAGAUGGAGAUAUUACCUAGACUCCUUGAGAAAAAAGGAUGGAAAAAAUAAAGUAAUAAGAGAAUUCUUUAAAAAACAAGAAACUAUUUUUGAUAUGUGUAUAUACCAGUUGAAACCAAGAUUGAAAGACCAUUAUAAGAGUCUAGCUAUUUUUAAUGAAGAUGUCAAUAUAACUUCAAAGACUCUAGCAAUUUUCUGGGAAGAAGAUAUAUUUUAUGUUGACGAACUGAUGCUUGACUUGUGCCAUAAAUCACUGGUAGCCAAAAAAUGGAAUAAGGACUUGAACAGUUAUAUUUAUGGCAUACAUGACUUAUUGCUAUGUCAUCUCAAGAGAAAACUAACACAAGAUGAAUUGAUAGAGAUGCAUAAAGCUCUUAUUGAGAAAUAUCGCGAAAAUUGUGAUAACGAUUUUUCAAAAUUGCCUGAUGAUAAUUAUAUUUAUUCCUAUAUUGGCCAUCAUUUGGAGGAAGCAAAAUUAUUUGAGGAAAUUCCGAAAAUUUAUUUGGACUUCAAUUUUAUACAAGCUAAGAUAAUGCAUUCAGGUUUAAGAGAUCUACUGUUGGAUUUGAAAAAAUACAAAAAAUAUAUUACAUACCGUUAUAAUAGCGAAUACGAGGCACAUCUCUCAGAUAUCGAAAGAUUUCUUCAAGAACAAGCAAGCAUUAUAUUAGAACAAAGACGAAAAAAAUGCUUGGAUAUAAUUCAAAUCGCAAUGAAUCAUUCAUCUCAAAACUACGUUACUCAAACUGCCAAACAACUAGCUAUAAAACAAACGAAUCACUUGUACUUAUCUCAUGAUAAAACUCGCGAAUACGUGGAUAUAUCGUUAAUUCACGAAACACCAACGAACAUCUGCACGUCAGUUUUCACAGACGAUUCUAAUUUAAUUUUGAUUGGAAACACAUCAGGCAAAAUAAUAUUAUGGAAUUGCGAAAGUAUGCAGCAAAAAGUUUUCAAUGGCCAUGAUGAAAAAGAUUCAAUUAAAAAACUCAUUGUAUCUAUGAAUGGUGAUUGCUUCUUAUCAUUGAGCAGUGCUGGUAUAAUAAAGCUAUUUGAUCUCUGGUUGGGCGAUGCACUUGAAAUCAAUGAUCACAGUGAUAUGCAUAUGGAAAGUCCACGACAGAGACAACCUUCCUGGUCUAUCAUGUUUAGGCACAAUAAUUUAGACGAUAGUGCAGUAGAAUUCUCCAUUAGAAACGAAAUUAUAUUAGAUAUGGCAUUUGGAUACAACGACCAGUAUAUUGCUGCGUGCAGUAAUAAAACCAUUCAGAUGUGGAAUCGAAAGGGGGAACUUGUGUGUACCAUAGAAAAAGAUUCCAUGUUGGAUAGCAUAACAAAAAUUGCAUUUACGGAUGAAGCUUUAUUAUUACAUGUAAUAGACGAAUCAAGGAUGACUUUUUCUGUAUACUCUUGUAAUGCCAAUUACACUGAAUAUCGAUAUCGUGCCUGUUACAAUCUACAGUUAAAGAAUGACAAGAAAGUCAUAUUCUUUCAUCAUAUACCAAGGAAAGAUAACUCGUUAAUAAUUGUCACUGAAAAGCAAGCUAUAUGUGUGAGAGUGUGGUAUGGAGAUACUGUGCAUAAAUACUGUAAACAGAGAAAGAUGUUCAUCAAAAAUAACAGUCCUGUAACUUAUGUUUGUGCAACUAUAACUUACGAUGGUGAAUAUAUGAUUGUGGCUGACUCUGCUGGUUUCAUAAAUGUAUGGCAAACUUCUGUAGGAGAGCCAAUUAUUGCUAUUUACAAAUGUCGCGUCACAUCCUUAGAUACUUAUUGCUUGGAAGAAGAAGGCUGUCAUAUUAUAUGCGGAAAUGGAAAUAAAUUAUUUUACAAAUGGAAAUUUCGAACACAAUCGAAUAAAAUGUUAAGGGAAUGUUUAUUUGAUGCGGCAGUGAAGCCCUAUGAAACAGAAGACACAUAUAUAUUAGUUAAAGGGACCCAUCUGAAAAAAAUAAUAGUAUUACAUGGAAAUGAAGCAAUAGCUGAACCUGAAUCUAUAGAAAAAAUAUUAAGAUUGCAACUUUCCCCUGAUGAGAAGGAAAUUGUAUAUCUUACUGAAAAAAACAAUCUUAUGUUAUAUGACAUAACAACCAGUACAUCCAAUCUUAUUUUAAAACUGGAAGUACCAAAUAUAUUUUUGAAGAUUAUAAAUAUUUACAACUGUAAUAUAAUAGUUUGUGAAUGCAAUGGUAUUUUAACGAUGUGGCGAUGUUGUAAACAGAUAUACGAAAGCAAUAUUUCUGUACACGUAAUCAAUAUUCAUAAAUUGUAUAACGAUUAUGUGGCAAUAAUAAUGCAAAAUAGUAUAAGAACGAUUUACAUUCCUAAUUUAUGUGAAGAGCGAAGAGCAACUUGGCAAAUAAUAAGUCAACUUUCGUUCAAUCCGCCUUCAGAUGUUACAUUUAGUUGUUUAAGCCACAAUAAAUUUUACUUAGCGGUCUUAAAUGAAUCAUGUCAGCUAGUUUUAUAUUAUUUGAACGAAAAUAUAAAAGUAUCGCCAAGUACCAAGGAAAUAAAUGAAGAGCCUUAUUUUAAUUAUACGUUUGCAUCGAACACAAUUUGCUGUGAUAUUUCGCAAAAUGAGCAAUAUAUUGCCGUAGGAAUUGAAAAAGGACAAAUUUUUAUUUUCGACAUUCAAAAGCAAAGAGAGAUCGUUCAACUAUCUUUCCAUAAAGAUCCCAUUACACAAUUGUUUUGGGCUCCAACUUCCAUAGAUGUACCAAUUUUACUCUCUGUGACAAAUAAUGAAUUAGCUUGGUGGAACAUUGCUUUAAUAAAGAAUAAGAAUACAAGAAGAAGUCGAAUGGGCAUUAAACACAGUAUGAGUACUCCUUCAUUUGGUCAAAAUGCAUUUAACAGGGACACACGAAUACCUAACAGCCAAAGCUUAGAUACCAGUGUAUCCAGUUUACAAAUCAACGAUGCAUUGGAUACAGAUAACACUGCCAAUACCGUGAGUAAAUAUUGGACAAAUAAGAUAGGUAGGGAUCCUGAAGUACCAGAAUUAUUAGCAGUUAUCGAAUUGCCACCAAAUCCGAAUACAAAGCUACACGUUUCUACAGAUUUUACUAAAUUUGUCACAGUUGACAUGUAUGGAUCUAUCAAUACAUUUAAACUCAUUGAUUACAAUACUUUAGAGAUAUAGAGAUGAAUUAAUUUAAAAUGCAAUAUUGCAA